CUCAUCAGCAUCGUCAUCAUAAUCAUCCCAACUCUUCUCAUUUGCAGCCUUGCAUCGAAGAUACAAGUCGCACAAAUUUUCGCGACGGCUUACAAUCAAUAAGGGACCGACGCAUCUAUUCCUUCGCGCAAUCCGACCCCAUCGCGCGCUUCUAGAAGCAUCCAAGAUCAUCCUUUUCCGAACCACUCGCUCUCACCAUCACGAAAAAGGCCAUCGUGUCACGCCACCAACAUACGACCACGUACUUCGAAUCGCGAGAGCCUCCCCCAACAUCCCAACUCCCGACGCAGAAACAACGACUCAUCAACGACCUCGCUACCACCCGUGCGGGUAGGUGAACGGAAACGAAAGGAAAGGAAGGAGAAAAGGGGGUUGGCGCCGACUCCACAGCUCAGCUCAGCUGUCAUCCGGUCUGUCUAGGCAGGGAAAUAGAUCCGCCUCUUAGCCUACUCCUACCUCAUAGAGCUUCGAACUGCAGCCUUACUACGCACCCAUCAUCCCACCAUGUCCGGCGAAGGCCCCGAAAGCAUCCCCACAUCCGCGGACCCGCGCUCCAAGCGGCCGACGAAAAAGCGCGCGUUGACACCUCUCUCCGCGCAAGCGCGCGAAGUCGAAGUCCUCUUCGCGAAGCCCGACCAAGAGAUCCGGAUCCCGGACUCGUCCGCCUCAACCGCGCUCACGGGGGGCAAGAGACGCGCGCUGCCGCCACCCCCGGAGAUCGUGACGAAUGUGCAGGGAUCGAGCGCGGGAGCCGGGUCUGGCGAGUUCCACGUGUACAAGGCGAGCCGGCGGCGGGAGUACGAGCGGCUGCGACGGAUGGACGAGGAGGUAGCUGACGAACGGGAGCGGGAGGACUUCGAGCGCACGCGCGAGGUGCGCGAGAAGAAGGACGAUGAGAAGACGCGGAAGAAUCGGGAGAAGCGCGAGAAGGCCAAGGCGAGGAAGGCGAAGGGGAAGAAUGGUGGGGGAGGAGGGGGAAAGACAGCUGGUGCUGCUUCUGCGCCGGCGAAGGGUGUGAAGGCUAGGGUUGAUUUGAUGAGGGAUAAAGGGGAUGAGGCGGAGAAGACUGAUGAUGAAGCACCCGCGACGGGAGAUGCGUCGGCGGAAGAACCGAAGGGGAUUGUCAUUGAGGAGGACUAAAGGAUUGGAAUUAAUACAUAGUGAUACCCAUCAAUUCGUAGUCUACUUGGGUGCGGAAAAAAGUAAUAGGGCCAGGAGUUACAGGUUGGUCGCAUAAGGCAUCCAAUGUUAAUAAUU